AUGUGGGAAGCGAAGUUCGAGCCCAACGUCAUCAGCUGCAGCGCUGGUAUCAGCGCGUGCGCGAAAGGCGUGCAGUGGCAGCGGGCAUUGGCGCUACUCAGCGGCAUGUGGGAGGCGACGUUGGAGACCGACGUCAUCCUGCAACGCUGGGAUCAGCGCGUGCGAGAGGGGCGACCAGUGGCAGCGAGCAUUGGCGCUGCUCCGCGAGAUGGGGGAGAGGAGGCUGAAGCCCAGCGCCAUCAGCUGCGGCGGCGGCCUCCGCGCGUGCGCGAACGGCGGGCAGUGGCAGCGGGCACUGGCGCUGCUCCGCGGCAUGCGGGCGGCGGAGCUGGAGACCAACGUCACCUCUGCUACAAUGCAGGGACCAGCGCGUGCGAGAAGGGCAAUCGGUGGCAGUGGGCGUUGGCGAUGCUGAGCGAGAUGUGGGAGGUGGAGCUGAAGCCCAACACCAUUUACAGCGCUGGUAUCAGCGCGUGCGAGAAGGGUGAGCAGUGGCAGCGGGCUUUGGUGCUGCUGAGCGAGAUGUGGGAGGCGAAGUUGGAGCCCGACAGCAUCUGCUACAGCGCUGGCAUCAGCUCGUGCGAGAAGGGCGAGCAGUGGCAGCGGGCACUGGCGCUGCUUGGCGAGAUGUGGAAGGACGAGUUGGAGCUCAACGUCACCCAUGUUACGUACAAUACCAGGCUCAGCGCGUGCAAAAAUAAUGGUUUUUAG